AUGUCUUUCUUUCCAUUGCGAACGUUUUAUCGUUAUGCAGCUAGUACACGUUUACAAGUAUUUCAAAAUGCUACACAAAUUGUUGAUCCUGAACGUAUUCGAAAUGUUGGAAUUAUUGCACAUAUUGAUGCAGGUAAAACAACAACAGUUGAACGAAUGUUAUAUCAUGCUGGAUUAAUUCGAUAUAUGGGUAAUGUUGAUGAAGGAAAUACAACAAUGGAUUAUAUGGAACAAGAACGUGAAAGAGGUAUAACAAUAACAUCAGCUGCUAUAACAAUGCCAUGGAAUAAACAUCGUAUAAAUCUUAUCGAUACACCCGGACAUGUUGAUUUUACAAUUGAAGUUGAACGAUCAUUACGAGUGCUUGAUGGAGCUGUUGCAAUUCUUGAUGCAUCUGCUGGUGUUGAAACUCAAUCAUUAACUGUAUGGCGUCAAGCUAAUCGAUAUCAUGUACCUCGUUUUAUCUAUAUCAAUAAAAUGGAUAAACCAACAGCUGAUUUAUCAAUGUGUCUUGAUUCAAUUCGACAAAAAUUUUCUGUUGAACCUUUACUUUUACAUAUUCCAAUUGGUCAUGGAAAACAAUUUACUGGUAUGAUUGAUUUAUUAAAUGAAACAAAAAUUUCAUCAAAUGAUCAAUUGAAAUUUUCAUCUGAACUUUUAACUAAAGAACGAUUAAAACUGAUCGAAAAAUUAGCUGAUAUUGAUGAUAAGAUAGCUGAACUUCUAUUAUUUACUGAUAAACCAAUUUCAAAUAUACAAUUACAACAAGCUAUAUGUCGUUUAAUGAUUCGUGAUCAACGUUUUAUUCCUGUAUUUAUUGGUAGUUCAUUAAAAAAUAUUGGUGUUAAAACAUUACUUGAUGGUAUUAUUAAUUUUCUUCCAAAUGCAAGAACAAUACCAGGAUCAAUAUCGAAUAUGGGCACAUUAAUAUAUAUAUUUAAAACAAUUCAUGAUCGACAAAAACAACCAUUAUCAUUUGCACGUAUUUAUUCUGGUUCAGUUAAAAGACGAAUGUCAUUAAUAAAUGCACGAACGAAUGAAAAAGAACAAAUUAAUAAAGUUUUUCUACCAUUUGCUGAUAAUAUGGAAGAUAUUGAUGAAAUUCGAGCAGGAUCUAUUGCUGUUCUUAGCGGAUUUAAAGAAGUAUGUUGGAAGCAUUACAUUGACAUUAAAUUAUCAAUCUGUCUAAUUUUCAUUGAGCUUUCGAUAAACUAAUCAAUAUGGCUAUGAGUAAAUGUUGAUGCGAUUAAUGUACAUAUUCACACAAUCAACAUAAAUAGAAGUCCUAACUACAUCUAUAUACUUUGAAUAUUUCAAUACUAUUAAGGGUACUCCCCCCCCCCCCGUCUCUUUUUUGAUCAAAAACUCGAUUUUGAGUUGGGCAUAAGAUAUGAUAGCCUCAAGUGCUAUGUGCAAUUAGAGACAUCAUUCGACUCUAAACACCUUACUAUUACAGAGUGACUGAAUUAAAGAAAUUUUUUUUUUCAUAGUAAUCAUGAGAAAUUUUUUUUCUUUACUUAGCGUAGCGCAAAAUUAUAAUUCACUCAAUCGUGCCUGCUUACGAUCCUCCUCUAACUUUGUCCGAUCGAGCUGAAAUUUUUAUCAUAGAUACUUUGAAGUAUUCUUCAGAGGUAGUUUUGACCGUUUUAAUUUCUGAUGCUUCAAUCCGGAUUUAUAGGGUUCGCAAGGUCAAAAACCUGGUUCUGGCGAAAAACCUUUACGUAUUUUUUUUAUAAAAAAAAAAGAAAGUGAGAUUUUUGAAAACGCUCAAAACUACCUCUGAGAUAUACUCGUGGCUAUCCACAAAAAAAUUUUCAGCCCAAUCGGACGAAGUUAGAAAGGAGUUGCCCUUGGCAAGGUGAGAACCUAUGGAAAACCAAGGUUUUUCAUAAAAAACCAGGAAAACCGCCUUAGAGAAUUUUUUCCUCGAACACGUGUCUCAUCAUUUUAGGUGUUCUAUUUGUGGUAAAAAUUUCAUUUCGAUCGGCCUUACCAUCUUCGAGAUCUAGAAAUGGUCAAAA